AUGGUGUUAGUACCCUCGAUCGCAGCCACCCUGGCCAUGGCCUUGUCGUUAACCCCCAUGGCGGUCUUCGGACACCCGGGGGAGAAGUACGGAAAGCGAGAGGCCUUGGAGGAGAUGGGUAAUGCCCACGUCGUCAACAAGAUGAACGCCAGGGCUCUCGAGGCGUGUCAGAACUCGCCCGCGGUGAAAGCUCGUAAGGAGCGUGCUAUCGCUCGACGAGCAGAGAAAUUCGCACAGCUUCGUCGCGAUAAGGGCAUUGAAAAAGCACCAGGGCUCCACCGCCGCGACGCCGCGGCAUUCGAGAAAUGGGCCGCUCUAUCGCACAACAAGACCGGGACAUCAGACUUCACCAAGGACACCCCCAACAAAGACAUCUUCGGCGCCAACACCAGCUGCGUCUUGACCCCGGACAAUGCCAACGGGCCGUAUCUGCAAUUCAUCGACGUGCAUACCUGCGAGCCGGUCGUCGGCGUGCUAAUCGACACGUGGUCGUGCAACGCGACGGGCGCAUACAGCGGCGUCAGCGCGAAAGGCGAAGGCGGCCUAGGGACUACGUAUCUGCGGGGCGUGCAGCCGGUCGACGAGGACGGCGUCGUUAACUUCGAUACUAUCUUCCCGGGCCACUACCAAGGGCGCGCCACGCACCAGCACUUGAUCGCGCAUGUCGGCUCCGAGAUCUUGCCUAACGGGACAUAUAGCCGGGGACGCGUAGCGUACCUGUCGCAGUUAUUCUUCGACCAGACGCUUAACCUCGAGGACUGGUUUACCGGGUACGCCGCGACGUCCGAGUACGACCCGUUCCCGAACUACGUCUCGCUGGGCAACGAGCUGGAAGACGGGCUGCUCGUCUGGGCCGAGCUCGGGCUGAAUACUUCGUCGGACUGGGAUCAUUAUGCCCCGUAUGCGUCGACUUGGAAGGAGGGCGGGGGGUACGAUAAUCCUGACUUUGACUUUUGGGCUGUGGCUGGCCCGCCGCCGACGCAUGGGUAA